GGGACUAAGGGGAGAAGAAGCGAACUCGCCUGCUUGCAGCCGGAUUGGGCUUCUUAGGCUACUGGACACCAUUAGCUCCAGAGGGAUCGACCGCAGGCCCAGCCUUGAUGUUCGGUCCCGGAGCCGCGCCGCCGUCCCCCUUACAGAGCCAGAAGCAAGAAGAUGGUCCGGAAAAUCGGCGGCAUGAAGACUCUGUCUUCACCAAGGGUAAUCCUCAGGAGAUGGCCGUGGUGAAGAGCGGGUGGCUGUGGCGGCAGAGCUCUCUCUUGCGCCGUUGGAAGAGGCACUGGUUUGAUCUGUGGAUGGACGGUGGUCUAGUCUACUACACCGAUGAGAGUCGGCAGAACAUGGAGGAGCAGAUCCUCCUGAAAUCUAACUGUGUGAAUGUCAAGUCUGGGCAGGAGUGCGGAGACAUGCUGCCGCCGGAGGGGAGCUGCCAGGACUUCUUACUGACUGUAGAGAUGAGAGACCGCUCCAAACUGUACCUGUGCGCGGAGAGCGAGGAUGACGCCGUAGCUUGGAAGAUGGCUCUAGAGGAUGCAAGAUUCCAUCCGGUGCAUGUGUACAACCCGUACGAUGAUAAUUACCAGACGGUUCCAGUAAACGCGCACCAGGCCGUCUACAUCGACCAUGGCUACUGCGGGCGCGGCUAUGCUCCCGGCCUGACGCACGUCAUCGUGAGAGACGACCGCGACGCCUAUGGAGAACAAAUGGCGCUGGGCCUGCUGGCCGGGGCCCUCACCACCUCCGCCCUCAGCUCCCUCAUCUGGCUGCCUUGCUGGUUUUAGGGGUCUCGCCUGGAAGAGGAGGAGAGAGCAGGAAAGCCGGAGCCAUGUGUUGCGGGACGUACCCACCUGGCAGCCGCGGUUACUUACCUUGCAGUAUCUCCAUAGGUUCUGCAUGUGUCCUACAUGUAGCGUAUACAUUGCAUGAUGCUGUUCCUCCUUUUAGGAUAGCGGACGGUUGUGUCUCUAUAGAUAUCGUCACCUUUCACUUUUUAUAAGGAAAUAAUCAUUAACUUCCCGCAAAUGAUGCCGUGAUGCUUUAUUAUAAACCCCUAUAUAUAGCCUGUUUCCCCUAUUAUAUCAACAGGACACCUAUUGGAGUAGACUGUGGGAGGUCUCACGCGUCACUUUCAGAGUCGAGGCUCAGAUUUAUCAAGCCUUGGAGAGUGAUAAA